UUCAUAUGAGAUUUCACUCUCCUCUUGCCGCUGCUGACACUAACAGAGGAUCCUUGGAGCGUCAUUCCCGCCGAUGCUUUUGGACACAUAUGAGCAUCCGGGCGGUUCAGGCUGUGUCGUAUUGUGCACAUCAGGGCGGCUGCGGGCACAAGUUGGAGAGUGCGCACACGCGGAGGAGUUUGUCAGACCGGUGCCAGUGCGAGCAACACUUCAGAACCAAGGACAGAUCCUGGCAAACAUGCUCAAAGUGAACAACAUCUGGACCGUGCUCGUCACAUGAGGCUCUCCACGUUGGGAAAAGAGACCUGCAGUCAUAUCCGGCGAGAGACACCCAGUGCUACAACCAGGAAAUAUCAAACAUGCCUCAUCCGCUGAGAGGCGACUUGAAAGUGAUCCCCCUCCAGACUCUGUAAGCCUCUGCUCCUCGCCACCUCAACCAGCUGAACCCCACUACCUGCUCCCGCCAUGCUUGUCCUCUGCCCCAGGUCGUUGGCCAACUCAGCCAAUUAUUGGCCUCUUCACAUGCUCCUGCUGGAGCUGCUGAUACGAGGAGUCCUGCCCAACAUCUCCAGAUUGCCUCCCGCAGCCAAACGCGAGAUCAUCAUGGACGGGGACUUGGUGAUUGGGGGCUUGUUCCCCGUGCAUGAAAAAGGUGAUGGGAUGGAGGACUGCGGUAAGAUCAACAAGGAGAGGGGAAUCCAGAGGCUGGAGGCCAUGCUGCUGGCACUCGAUGAGAUUAACUCCAGUGAUGACAUCCUUCCCGGACUCCGGCUGGGGGCCCACAUUCUCGAUACCUGCUCGAAGGACACUUACGCUCUGGAGCAGUCCCUAGAUUUUGUCAGGGCCUCUCUAACCAAGGCGCAAGAUCCAGGCUUCAUCUGCCCAGACGGCUCCAGGCCCAUCCAGAACGAGGUUCCACUCGCCAUCUCCGGGGUCAUCGGAGGAUCUUACAGCGAUGUCUCCAUUCAGGUUGCGAACCUUCUGCGGCUGUUCCAGAUCCCACAGAUCAGCUAUGCUUCCACCAGCGCAAAGCUCAGUGACAAAUCCCGCUACGACUACUUCGCCCGCACCGUCCCCCCUGAUUUCUACCAGGCCAAAGCCAUGGUUGAGAUCCUGCGUUACUUCAACUGGACCUACGUCUCAACCGUAGCCUCAGAGGGUGACUACGGUGAGACUGGCAUUGAUGCCUUCCAGCAGGAGGCCCGCACUCGGCAGAUCUGCAUCGCCACUUCGGCCAAGGUGAGUCGCUCCAUGAACCGCCAGGGCUAUGACAAUGUGAUCCGGUCCCUGCAGCAAAAGUCCAACGCCAAAGUAGUCAUCCUGUUCACCCGCAGUGAAGACGCUCGCGAGCUGCUGGUGGCUGCCACUCGCAUGAAUGUCACCUUCACCUGGGUGGCCAGUGAUGGAUGGGGAGCGCAGGAGAGUGUGGUGAGGGGCAGCGAAGGCGCAGCAGAUGGUGCUUUCACCAUUGAACUGGCCUCCUAUACAAUCAGGGAGUUUGAGGAUUACUUCACCAAGCUGAACCCGUACACCAACACAAGGAACCCGUGGUUUAAAGAGUUCUGGGAGCACCACUUUGGCUGCAGCCUCCAGGAGCACGGCUGCAGUGAACACAGCCUGCGAGACGGAAAUUUUGAGCAGGAGUCCAAGAUCAUGUUUGUGGUAAAUGCUGUCUACGCCAUGGCCUAUGCUCUGCACAACAUGAGGCAAGCUGUAUGCUCCAACACAUCCAAGGUCUGUGACGCCAUGAAACCAGGUAACGGCAAAAGGUUCUACAAGGAAUUCAUCCUGAAGACCAAGUUUGAAGCUCCGUUCAGACCUGUAGACACAGACAAUAUGGUGCGCUUCAACCUGGUCGGUGACAGCAUCAGCCGCUACAACAUCUUUCAUUACCACAAGGAGGAUGGUAAGUUCACCUACCGGAAGGUUGGCUACUGGGACCAUAACCUGACCCUGAACACCACCAUGGUGCCCUGGCGUGGUCUCGUACCGCCCACCUCCCAGUGCAGCGACCCCUGCAAGAAGAAUGAAAUAAAGAGCAUGCAGCCCGGAGAUGUGUGCUGCUGGAUCUGUAUCUCCUGUCAGCCCUACCAGUACCUGCAGGAUGAGUUCACCUGUGCUGACUGCAGCUCCGGUCAGUGGCCUCUGGGUAACUUGACUGGUUGCUACUAUCUGCCCGAGGAGUACAUCCGCUGGGAGGAUGCCUGGGCCAUUGGGCCUGUUUCCAUCUCCUGCCUUGGUAUACUGUGCACUCUGUCAGUAGUGGUCCUGUUCUUCAAGCACAAUGACACACCCGUGGUUAAGGCAAGCGGACGUGAACUCUCCUAUAUCCUGCUGCUGGGAGUGUUGAUGUGCUACAGCAUGACCUUCAUCUAUAUCGCCAAACCUUCUACUGCGGUUUGCACUUUACGUCGUCUCGGCCUGGGCACCUCGUUCGCAGUGUGUUACUCCGCCCUACUAACCAAAACCAACCGCAUUGCUCGCAUCUUCAGUGGGGUGAAGGAUGGAGCCCAGCGGCCGCGCUUAAUCAGCCCGGGCUCCCAGGUAGCAAUCUGCGGCGUUCUUAUUUCCUGCCAGCUGCUUGUAGCCGUCAUCUGGUUGCUGGUGGAGGUGCCAGGGGUUCGGAAAGAGGUGGGCCCUGAGAGGAGAGACGUGGUCACCCUCAAGUGCAACAGCAGGGACUCCAGCAUGCUCAUGUCCCUCACCUACAACUGCAUCCUCAUCAUCCUCUGCACCGUCUACGCCUUCAAGACACGGAAAUGCCCGGAAAACUUCAAUGAGGCCAAGUUCAUAGGCUUCACCAUGUACACCACCUGCAUCAUCUGGCUGGCGUUUCAGCCCAUCUUCUAUGUCACUGCCAGUGACUACAGGGUGCAGACCACCACCAUGUGCAUCUCCGUCAGUCUGAGUGGGUCCGUGGUUCUCGGCUGCCUCUUCACCCCCAAGAUCCACAUCAUCCUGUUCCAGCCGCAGAAAAAUGUGACCACACUCAGAGCCACAGCCAACCGCUUCAGCGCCACAGUGUCCGCCUCUGCCUCGGCCCCCAGCUCCAGCUACUCUAAAGGAUCAGCCUCUAACUACGUGCCAGCCGUUUGCAACGGGCGCGAGGUGGUGGACUCGACGACGUCCUCUUUGUGAGAAAGGUUUCCUCUCUAAACACGAGAGAGCAUCCCGCCAUCAGUCAUCCCUUCAUCAAACAGGGCCGUGACCGAACAUCCAACAUGCUGCGGACAGAUAACUCUGUAAGGGGGUCGGGCUGACUGACUGGCCAGGGUAACUCCUAACUGUGAAAGCUAAAUGAUGUUCCUUCAGCGAGCAGUAUGUAUGAAAUGUAAAAGCCUUUUUUGUAUAGAUUGAAUAUGCUGUGAAAUCUUUGGUUUACAGGUAGAUGUGAUGAAAUGCACUGUGCCUUGUCCUACAGAGUCUUGUUGUCAAAUGGGUGGUUGUGAAGCAAUAGUGAUACACAAAACAUGAAGCUGUUCUUAUCUUGUCCUUAAGAGUGCUGUGAAUCUAUCCAGAUGUUGUUAGACAUUGACAAAAAAAAAGAAAAAUGCUAUGAAAUACAUUUCUGUUAAACAAAAUAUGUGACUAACCUUAGUGAACGUGUUGAAAAACUAGGCAACUACACAAUAUAAAGGACAUGUGUUAAUGUAGACUGGUGUGACAGUGUGUGCUUUAUUGUAAUUUAUGUAAAUAAAAUGUUUUUUUUAAUAUUAAAGGAUUAAACAUCGCAGUGUCUGGGUUCACUCUUGCAAUUAUUGUAACUACCUAAGUGUAAUGCUGCUAAUUAGAUAAUUCGUUUUUUGUACUAUGGGAUUUAUGUUUUCCUCUUUAAAAACAAAAUAACUUACUUUUAAAUGGGGGGGGGAUCUAAAAUGUUUUUUUGCAGGUGCAUGAUUGUAAAUUUUUCUCUAGGUGCUUAAUGUUGGUGCCCAAAUCUCAACUCAUUAGUAAGAAAUUAUAAAUGUACAGUCCUUCUGAAAAGUAUCCAAAUACCUGGACUUCAUCGAUACUGAUGGAAGUUUCCUGACAUUAAAUUGCAAUAACCAUCUGUAUAGACACCACCCACGGCCUGGUCUGUUAAAUAUACAUUACCUGAAUCUGAAGCCCUUCAACAUGUUUGACUGUCAAAGUGGAAAAUAUGGAUUUUCCCUCCUAACAAUUCUGUAAUGUA